UCGGUUCAAGACAAGGACACACCCCCGGUCCUUAGCGUGCCUGCGCGGCUGUCUACUUGUGAUUGUAGUUUUCAGUUUUGCUAGAUGGAUGUCUACAAACUGUGCAUUUUACAUGGAGAUGACAGCUAGAUAAUUUACAAAUCAUGGCGACCAUCGUUCUUUAUUCCAUGAACAGAACGGCGCAAACCACGGCGAGACUAUGUUUUUUUCCGUAUUCAACGCGAGGUUCCAUAGUGGACUCGCGCAUAUCUUUCUUCCAUAACACUUCGGUCCGCUGGUUAACUCCGCUUCCGGGAGCGAGAUGGGUUCCCAAAGCUACUGGAGUGCAGUUCAUGUCCAAUGGGACUGCAGGCAAAACGGCAACCGGGCGAACCAGGAGAAGCGCCCUGCUGGUUGCUGGAGCAGCGGCGGCAGUGGUGGGUUUUGUGGCAAGCGCUAGUCACUUUCAGCGGGCUGAAAGGGCAACCAUGAUCACCAAAACAGAGGAGACGGAGAUAUCGGAGAAAUGCAAGAAGUUCAUGUCUCCGCCGUGUACUGACGUCAAAGUGCUGCAGCAGAAAAAAGAGGAAAUGUGCACGAGGAUGGAGAUGCUGAUCAUGGAGACUCAGGCGGAGUUCUGCAGAGCGCUCUAGGAGGUGGACGGCGGCAAGUUCAAAGUGGACAAGUGGGAACGGAAAGAAGGCGGCGGGGGCAUCAGCUGUGUGCUGCAGGAUGGGAAGGUGUUUGAGAAGGCGGGGGUCAACGUGUCCGUGGUGUUUGGGAACCUGACCGAGGAGGCCGCCAAGCAGAUGCGCAGCAGAGGGAAGGUUCUCCGAGGGAAAGAUGGCAUCCUGCCAUUCUGUGCCAUGGGCGUAAGCUCAGUCAUCCACCCCAAGAACCCCCACAUUCCCACAGUGCACUUCAACUACAGAUACUUUGAGAUAGAAGAAGAAGAUGGCACUAAACAGUGGUGGUUUGGUGGCGGUACAGACCUGACUCCUACCUAUGUCAAUAAGGAGGAUGGCGCUCACUUUCACAACAGUCUGAAGGAGGCCUGUGAAAAACAUCACCCCAAGUACUACCCCGACUUCAAAAAGUGGUGUGACCGGUACUUCUACAUCCGCCAUCGUGGCGAGACGCGGGGCAUCGGUGGCAUCUUCUUUGACGACCUGGACUCUCCCAGCCAGGAGGAGGCGUUCAGCUUCGUUAGGAGCUGUGCCCAGACCGUGGUGCCCUGUUACCUGCCCAUCGUCUACAAACACCUCGAUGACCCCUUCAGCCCAGAGGAGAAGGACUGGCAGCAGGUGCGGAGAGGCAGGUAUGUGGAAUUUAACCUGGUGUAUGACAGAGGGGUGAAGUUUGGACUGGCCACCCCAGGCUCCAGGAUCGAGAGCAUCCUCAUGUCUCUGCCCCUCACAGCCAAGUGGGAGUACAUGCAUGAACCUCCUAAAGGUUCCCAGGAGGCCGAUACGCUAGAGGUGUUACGAAACCCCAAGGAGUGGGUCUGAAAUGGCCGUUGCCGUGGAGAUACCAACCUGACUCAGCCUUCAGAACAGGAGCCGACAGAUGUUGACUGGAACAGGCGUCCGUCCCUUUGACUGCUUUGUCAUUGGCCAACUCACCGCUGAUGCGAUUAGCUAGUUGUUACUGGAAAAUGCACACCUGCCUUUAUUUAUUUUGCUGUCUGUUUCUUAUUGCUUGAUAUAAAAUUGUCUGUGUCAGAUAAGCCUUAACACUACCAUUUAAAUGUUUUAUCCAGAGUGACUUACAGGAACAAUUUGGGCCUGUUGAUUUCAAACUAGUGACUUUUUCGGUAACUGGCCCGACACUCCCUGAACCGCUACCCCUUUGCCUUCCGCCCGACUGCUUCAGUUAAUAUUUCCUGUGUACCAACUGGUCUAGAUUGGCUUGCUCUGCUAGUAUAUUUGUCUCUCCAGCUACAGUCUGAGAGCCCUCUUGGUCUCCAAAGCAACCCAGGGUUGUGUUCACCAGGCAAGGCACUUUGAAAGAGAAUUCAUGUUUCAAACCGACCCGUGAAAGUGGACUGACCCCACUCAGGGUGUGUGAUAAGCCAUUGAUGUAAAAUAGAAUUAAAAUGUUAUGUCUAGCACUUUGUACAUGUCAUACAUUUAUAAAAUAAAUUGAGGGGAUCAACAACCUGUGAUUCUCUGGACUCAAACCCAGUACCUCAUCUACUGCGCUAGGACAGGGGGAAUGCACCAGUCGUGUUUUUCCACAUAGGUCAAGUUAGAAAUGUGAUUGUUUUUAAUGCCCACCCUUCACCUCAAAAGGCAUUUUUCUAUUUGUCUUGCCUGUAAACUCCACUCACUAUGCUCUGCCCACUGAUCUUUUAUCAAUUAAGCCAGACUACUUCCUGAAUGUUGACACGGUUAGGACACCAGGGCUUUAGAGAAAUAUAAAGUAUCUUCAUGCAUGGUUAGGUUUGAACAGCCUUUUUAAAAUA